AUGAUGACAUUUGAUGGCAUGGAUGAGGACGAAUUAGAAAAUGCCUUGCUGAACUAUAUAGACAUUCCGUACUUCAGAAACAAUCCAUCGUACAUAUCUCUUUGGCAGAGAUACUACUAUAAGACCAACGACCCAAGUGUGCUCUUCCUGAUGAAGUACAAAAAGAUAUCCCAGUACUAUCAUUGGAUUUAUGUAGAGCUGUCAAGGUUUUUUAUGAGGAAUGGUCGCUAUGGUGUGUGCAAAGCAGUUCUUAAUGUGGGAAUAGCAUGCAAUGCAUAUGAACGGGAGGUUCUAGAAGAUGAACUUCAGAGGAUUCCAAUGGUUACCAACCCUUCCCCAGAGCACGAGAUUAAUACGCUGCUAAAUCCAAAAGGAUUUACAGCUCUAGGAAAGGUUUGGAAUUCCUACCAAGAGGUUUUGUUUUACAAUAGAAAAUUGUUUCUUCUUGACCAAGAAGAGGUGUCUUUUGAAGAGUAUAGAGCUAAAACAUAUAGUGGAAAAUCAAGGUUAUCUUUAAAGAAAUAUGGAAUAAAGCUAGGCAUUGGACAUAUGGGAGAAAAUGACCCGGUAGAUGGCAUGAGUAACACUCUGUCUGUGGGAAAAGAAAUAGUAAUCGAUGGAUAUGUUUAUUAUGUCAAAGAUGUAAUGGAUGGAAAUAGAUACAGGAUGAUAUGCAUAUCUGAUGGAAAUUUUGAAGAACUAAUGUAUAAGGGGGAUGUUAUACUUCAUGAGGUGCCAAAGUCUUCCAUAGAUUUGAUUCAGAGGCUGGAUUCCGAUCACGUUCCUAGAUUCACUGUAAAGGAAUUGGGCUCAAGAACAUUUUUACUUUAUGACUUCUAUGUGUUUGGCACUCUCGAAAGCUGUUUGGAUAUAUCUAAUUCCAUGAAAUCUGGGAUUGUAUUAUACUUUGUAAGCCAGCUUAUCGAGAUAUUCGGUGGACUGGAGGAAAGGGGGUGCAGAUUUACAGCAUUCUCGUUGGAAAGCUUGUGCGUUUCUGAGGAUUGCAGGCUUAAGAUUGUUGAUUUUGAUUUGUCGGAAGAUGGCUCAAAAAUGAAUUAUGGAGAAGUGAUUAAAGGCGUUCUACUACAAUACAGCAGCUUUCCUUUUGAUGAGCAGGGUGUUGUCCAAGGAAUUAGAGGUAUUCUUCAAAAGACCGACUUGAAGGGGCUUGUUACAAAGCUCAGAAUUCAUCUUUAUGAGAGGAUAUGUAAGUGUUGUUGA